AUGGGCGAAGCACCACUUUCCUGGCUGGAAGACAGAUGUGUCGAUGAACGGCGACCACUGCGAGUGGUUGUAGUCGGGGCUGGGAUAUCAGGCAUAUUGGCUUCUAUCCGUCUCCCUCAGCGGAUCCCAAACCUAUCCCUCCAGAUUUACGAGAAGAAUUCUGAUGUCGGUGGGACAUGGGUUGAAAAUCGAUAUCCCGGGUGCGCUUGUGACAUUCCAGCGCACACAUACCAGGCUACCUUUGAGCCCAAUCAUGAAUGGACUCAGUUCUAUGCAACUUCUCAGGAAAUCCACCGGUAUUGGAAAAAAGUGGUGGCAAAAUACCACUGCAUGAGACACAUCAAGCUCAACCACAAGAUUGUAGCUGCCAGGUGGAAUGGACAACGGGGCAAGUGGGAAGUCCAGGUUGAGAAUCUGGAGUCUGGUGACAGUUUCGAAGACGUCUGCGACGUUUUGGUGUCGGCCACUGGUGCUCUGAACGACUGGAAGUGGCCAGAUCUCCCUGGCCUCCACGACUUCAAGGGCCCCUUGCUACACAGCGCCAGUUGGGACGAGACUUUUGACUGGGCGGCAAUCAUUGGCAACGGAUCCAGUGGCAUUCAGAUUGUUCCAGCGGUCCUGGCCAAGUCAGCCCAUAUUGACCAUUACAUCCGCGGCAGAACGUGGUUGUCCCCUACAUUUGCCCGAGAGAAAGUCGAGCAGAUGGGAAAGGGGCUGGACAACUUUUCUUUCUCUGCCGAAGACAUCAGCCGAUUCAAGAGUAAUCCCAGUUACUAUGAGAAGUUUCGAAAGGACAUUGAACUCGAACUCCAGUCCGUUCAUGCCGUCACUAUCAAGGGAUCGCCCGAGCAAUUGGGCGCCAUCGAAGUGUUUACCGAGAAUAUGAAGCGAAGACUCGAAGGAAAACCGCAGCUCGCCGAUUCCCUGAUGCCGUCAUUCCCACCUGUCUGUCGCAGACUGACGCCCGGGCCUGGGUAUCUCGAAGCACUCACUGAUCCGAAGGUGGAUGUCAUCACGACGGGCAUCCGUGAAGUGGCUGAGGAUGGGAUCAUCACUGUCGACGGGGAGCUUCACCCGGUAGACGCCAUCAUUUGCGCGACCGGGUUCGACACUACCUUUUGUCCGCGAUUCCCCAUCACCGGCAAAGAUGGCAUCAGCCUGGCGGAAAAAUGGAAACAAGUGCCGUCGACCUACCUCUCACUAGCCACGGAUGACUUUCCCAACUAUUUCAUCUCCCUGGGGCCGAACUCAGCUUUAGGCACCGGCAACCUGCUGCUGUUGAUCGAGCAGGCGAUCGACUACAUUACCAGGUGUCUGGAUAAGAUGCAGAGAGACAAUAUUCGGAGCAUGGCACCUCAAGCGGAUGCCGUCAAGGGGUUUGUCGAUUACUGCGACUCCUACUUCCAGACCACCGUGUUCAGCCUCGACUGUCGCAGCUGGUACAAAGGGGGAACUUCGGAUGGGAGAGUGAGCGCUCUCUGGCCAGGAUCCUCGUUGCACGCAAUGAAGACUCUGCAACAUCCACGGUGGGAAGACUUUGUGUAUGAUUACGUCAAUGACAAUCCGUAUGGAUGGAUCGGGAAUGGCUGGACGGAGGAUGAGAAGAACAAGAGGGUCAAGGUCGACUACCUCAACCGUGACGAGAUUGACUUUCCUCCUGUGCCCACGACGUCUGAGUGA